CCCACACUGCACGGUGGAUGCCUCUGCAUCCCAGUGAGGAGCCUACAGAACGGGAGUGCCACAAAACCCAGACUUACAAAUACUUUAAACAGGUCUACUCAGAAAACCUACUAGUACAUUUCAAGUUUUUAUUAAAUUAUGUGAAGAUGCUCAAAUGUAAAUAUGUGCUGGAUAUCAAUAGGAUGUUAUUUUUACACUGCUUUAAUAAAAUGCCAAAUUAUACCAACAGAAUGUGAUGUCUUUGGAGCCUCUUGUUUUCGUUUGAUUACUACAGCAGGAGUGCAUGUGUGCGUGCGUGUCACUGACUCAGUAACCUCGUCCCCAAGCUAAUUGCGCAUAGUGAGGAGGUGUCCGGUGAACAAGUGUCUAAGAGCCAGGGAGGCCGGCAGGUAGAGGCUGUUUGAAGUAGUGAGACGUACUGAUAGUUGCCACUUGGUCACUGCAGACACUAUGCUCUCUCUCAGCUCUCUCCCCACCACCGUUGUCCCCAGCCUCUCCUCUCCAGGAGGAUGUGCUACUGGGGGACCGAGGGUAUGGUCCUCCAACCAGGAGGUGGCUCUGUUCCAGACCCUGCAAGAGGCUCUGAGGGAGAUCGACCUGCCUGAAACACAGGACCUGCCACAGGGUAUGAGUCACUCUGAGCUGUGUGUCUGUGUUUUGGGAUCCCCCCUCCCCUACCUCUCUCUGCUGUUGGAGGCAGGCCAACGGAGCCCAGGAGAUGCUCUCCUGUGUCUUUCUCCUUCCUGGCUCUCUCACUCCUCCCCCUCCCUCCUGGUCCACAAGGCUGUCACCUUCGACUUGGGAGGCCGCACUUUCCUCUCCAACUUCAACCCCCCUCGCAAGGUCACCUACUUCCUGUCAUGUGACCCUUGGGCUGAGGAGGAAGUGACCCGGGAGACAGACUGCCCAAGCGGAGGUUCCGGCGCACUGUGUCGAUUCUGGGGGGAUGUUCUGACCACCAGGGUUCUGCUGCAAAAGGCCAAGAUCCACUGCCCCCCGACGCUGGCCUUACUGUUGCCCCCGGGACAGAUGGGACUGGAGGAGGGCAAGACAGGAGGGGUGGAGGUGGUGCACCUAGAAAAGGGGGUGGAGGGAGGGAUGAACUCCGUCCGAAACAAGGUGGACUCUUUCCUGGAGUCUGAGGAUAUGAAGGGAUCUGAGAGUGUGGUGCUCAGGUGCAGUGGUGGGACGUUUGUGGGCGAGGCAACCUCACCCCCAGUCUACCUGUUCAGGAACAACAGGGAUGAGGUCUGGGCCAAGGUAGGUUAUCUCCUGCCCCAGCUCCUCCCUGGAGAGGCAGUGCUGCUGGAGGCCUACUGCUCCCCACUGAAGCCUGGGCCGCGGGUAGAGGACCGCACCUGGGAACAGUACACCGACUGCAGGCCUCAGGUUCCAGACCUGUCCUUCAGACUGUGUGCCAUCGUAAGUCGCUCACCUCUGGACCUGCCUCUCCUCUACAAGUUGGUGUGUAGAGUGGGUGUGUCCGACACCCCUCUCUCUCACAGCCACUCCCUCUCUCAGUCCUUGGAGACCACCCUAUUAGAGUGCGGUUUCACUGACCCUACCAUGGCAACUUCUCUCCAUCGCUUAGCAACGGACACCGCCCUGUCCUGCCUUCGUGUUGUCAUGGAAACAGAGUCAAGCAUGUCCGCGGAACUGCGGGGUGGAGCGGGCGCCCAGACCGACAUGAUAGGCGUAGACCUCCUCUUCACCAUGGAUGGUUACAUCAUCAGCCCUGUUGUCCUUGGCCUCCACCCCUCCCUCUGUCUCCGCUCCUCCUUCCCGGAGCAAGGGAUGGGGCUGGAGGGAUGUGACAGUGGGAUAGAGGGGUGGAGUAGGGGCACCCUCCUCCUCACCCCCCUCCUCCGCUCCCAGUACUACCUGAUGCAGGAGAAGACUGUGCUGGUGGUGGGAGCUGGAGGACACAGUAAGAAGUUCAUUUGGGGAGCAGCCAAAAAGUACAAACUCAAGAUCCUGCUUGUGGACUGUGACCCCACCCACUUCGCCUCCCAGCUGGUCGACCACUUCCUGCCCCUGCCAGACCUGCCCGACCACCGCCGUGACGACCAGCACUGCUCCCGCAUUUGUGAUUGGCUGUUGUUCUCUGGGCUCCGCCCUGAUGGCUGCGUGUGUUUCUGGGAUGACUGCGUGGUGCUGACGUCUCUGGUCUGUGAUAGGCUGGGGCUCAGGGGGCCUCCUCCAGAGGCCAUCCGCAUCGCGAAGGAGAAGAGCCGCACCCACAGGCACCUCCUGGGCUUACGGAAGUCUACUGGGACUAACCUGACCAGUGUUGAGCAACCCUCCGGUCAGGCGGAUGGCCUGGUUGAGUUUAGAGAAGGUGAGAGGAGAGGAAGACAGCAGAACGGUAUGGUCAACGGCAUGGUCAACAUGGAAGGGGAUAGCAUGAGAGCUUUCCGACCCUCCGCUCCCCUCCUUUCUCCCUCCCCUUCUUCCUAUGCUGUUCCCUGUAUCCAUGUGGAGAGCGCCCUGGAUCUGGAGAAGGCAGCCAGUGGGGGGGGGGGGCCUGGUGGGGCCAGUGUUGGGGUGGUGAGGUUCCCUGCCGUCAUGAAGCUGGAGUAUGGGGCCGGGGCGGUGGGCGUGAGGAAGGUGGGCUCUCUGGAGGAAAGCCUGGCACACUUUGAGAGGAUCGGAGGGGACCUCCGCGAGGAGACAGACUACCCUGGCAUUGGCCUGGGCUGGGGCAACGCCAUGACCCUCAUGGAGUACGUGGGAGGCACAGAGCACGACGUGGAUGUGGUCCUGUUUGAGGGGCGACUGGAGGGAGCUUUCGUGUCCGACAAUGGCCCCACCCGUGCUCCGGCUUUCACCGAGACGGCCUCCCAGAUGCCCUCGGGACUGGCGCCGGACAAGCGUGCUCAGCUGAUUCGCGCGGCGCACCACGCCUGCCUGGGCUGCGGCCUGCAAGACGGCGUGUUCAAUGUUGAGCUGAAGAUGACAGAGGUGGGCCCGAGGCUCAUCGAGAUCAACGCCCGCAUGGGUGGCUUCUACCUGCGUGACUGGAUCCAGCAGCUGUACGGCGUGGACAUCCUGAUGGCCGCCUUCAUGGUGUCCUGUGGGGUGCGUCCGUGCCUACCCUCGGCCACAGCGCUCCCAGCCAGAGGCCACUUUGCUGGGGUGAUGGUUGUGGUGUCCCAGCACCUCCAGGCCCUGAGAAGCACAGCCAGCCCUGAACGCCUGCGAGGGCUGCACCAGGACGGGGCGCUGUGGCUGAACGAGCUGGCUGAGGAGGAUGAAUUGAUCUCUGGGGAGUACGAGGAGCCCUUCUGUAAUGUCGGGGUGAGAGACGCCCACAACGCCGCCAACGCUCGCCAGCGCCUCCUCGCCCUCUGCCAGGGGCUAGGCCUGCACUGUCCUCCACGCUACGACCUGGGGUACUUCCUGUCCCACUUCAAUUAGACAGGAAGUCAGGUGGGAGAAGCACCUGGGGUUUGUUCAGGAGGGUGCAAUGUUUAGAUUUUACUCACAGAUCAAAAUAAUACAGAAAUCGAUUCCCUGUUCUCCAUGACAGAGAAGCAUAUGUGUUUUAGUCCUAUCUAAAUGUUUGUUCCUAACAUUGGACCCUUCUGAAUAGAACCCAUGUUUAGCACGUGUAUGCUUUGUGCGGGUGGGGUUUUUGUACUAGGGGCAAGGGUUAGUUUAGUUAUCUUAAAAGGUACAUCACAGCAAGAAAAAACACUAAUGUUAUAUCAAAACAUAUCUCACUACCUUUCAAUUUUUCUCACUUAAAUUUUAGGGACCAUCUCAGGAAUACAAGUUUCAAAAAGGUAUAAUCGUCAGUGAUUAGCGAGAAUAGGGUAUGGGUGUCUUAUCUAUCUACCAGGGUUCAGGAAGUGAUUUAAAUGAAACAACUGAAAAACGUCUACUUCUCAUUUUAUUGAGAAGUCAUUAAAAAAAAAUAGAGGCCCUUGGUUAAAUGAUUGAAUUGGAAUGUUGGUUAACUUCCUGAAUUGACAGCAUUCAAUUUGAAUUGAACCCAACCCUGCUAUCUAUUAGGUUGUGGUACUCUACUCUACUGGGUCGUUCCACAUAAUGAGUGCCUUUUGCAUCCCUUAGAUAUUUUAAGUAGUGCACAAAUAUUGAAUUUUAAAAGCCUGUCAUAUUAAAUGAAGUGCCAUUUAAAAGUCAUUUCUGAAGAUGAUUAUUUAUUUCAUGUAAUUAGUGAUUCAUUUUAAGUAAAAUACCCGGCUACCAAUAUUUAGCGGCGAUCCAAAUGCUGAUGACUUACAACGCCCCUCAUCACCACAAACGACUUCAACGACGGCAGUCUCAUACUAAAGUAUGUAGGGAACGACAUAGCAGCGGAAUAAUUUAAUGUGAGUCGUCAGGCUACGGGGAGAAAAAAAAACCCGGCCCUGAUUUUAAAGUCAACCCUGUUACCUGAACUGAACUCUCGUUCUAAUUGGUGAAACUAUUCAUUUUUAAAUAUAUUAAACAGAUGAGCUGGUUCUAUUCUUCAUGGACAUUAUCUGGUGUUUUGUUGUGGGAAAUGUAGCUGGUUGAGCAUGACAUGUCAACCCUGUCACCCAUAGAUUCAUCUAAUGUAAUGGGCUUAAAAGAAAUACUUGAGUGGCGUUUCUUUCUUUCUGGUCCUGAUGGGAAGAAAAAGAGUGUCGGGGAAGGUCCUCUUUGGACUGUUGAACCAGUCCAGUAAAUGUGGAGGAGUUAAGAUGUCUUGUCGCCGUGUCGUCGAAAAGCAGAAGUCUCCAUUUCCCUUGAAAAACAGAUGCAUCCGUUUAACCGACCCCCGCAAAGGGUGCCCAUAAGAGGGAGACCAUUUAGAAUCAUUUUUUGGGGGGAAUUAAAAAAUUGUGAAGCUUGCAUACAUUUGCCCCCUCCCUGUUGCACACAAACUUCCAUUCCCCCUGUCACAAGGUGAUUUAUGGCUGAUGUUUUAAGACGAAGUUGUCAACCCUGUUCCUUUAAUAGGCACGUACUUACUAUAAUUGUUUUUUUGAGAUGGGGAUGUUUUUCAUUAAGUUGAAAAUGUGCUCUUUAUGACAAUCUUAAAAUGGAUGAAAUAAGUUUUUUUUUUUUUUUGUUCACUAAGUUGCACUACUCAAAAGGCACCUAAUUGGUGGAACAACCCUACUACAUUAUAAUCCAGCCAUAGACAUUGAUUAAUAGCCUGCACACUAAACACUGAACACACAGCAGUCCAGGGUUGGAACGGGUGGGAGGGAAGGAAGAGCAGAAGAAGAUGGAAGAUUUUGAGGAAGGGGGUUUGAGGAGAGCAGCUGGAACAGGUGGACAGGGGUGCUGAUUGCGGAAGCUUCUAAAUCCAGGCUCAGAGGUGAUGUCUGCGGGUUCGGCGCGUACGACUUGGAAAAUGUGGAAUUCUGGAACUCUGCCUCCCUCGUUCUUAGUUAGAGGUCGUGUGAAAGUUCAUGUCUAAAUUAGCAAGGUUGAGGUGAAAGGUUGUUUCACCCCAAAAUAAGUCAUUUAAAGAGUACGGAAAUGGAGAUUUAAUUACUCCACAUACUCACACCCAUUUUUCCCCGGCUUAGCCCAUAAAAGCAGUGUGUUAUUUGUUAUGUCAUUUGAGGCAGUUUCACCAUUGCAAAUGCGUUGACUCCGGAGCAAGACCUCAUCUUGGCAGUUGGUGUCUGUGGUGUGGCAUUUGCGGUCUGGUGUCAGGUGUACUCGGUAGGCUUGAUGUAACUGAGAUGCCAUCCCUCAGUACCCCCCAGACAAGGGUUACAGUAGUCAAAAGGUUAAGGAUUUCCUGCUUCUUCUGUUUCUGAUUGUUUAUGUAUUUCUGAGGUAAUAUUUGGGAAUUAUAUAGAAGCAGACACUUCUGACUUUUCUUCAAAAAAGGAGGUGUGACAGGAAAGUUAAAGAAUAAAACAACCGAGCCAGUUUACAUCACUAAAACCAAAACAAUUUUUUUUUAAAUCCCCAAAUCCAAACUUUUGUAUUAACUUAAUAUGUAAUAUGUGUUCAUGUUGUCAUGUUUCGUUAAUUGCUUUAUUUGUUAAGUUUCAAUGCAUCGGAUGAUGAAUGUGUUAUUGAUAUGUAACAUCACAGAUAUGAAUGUAAUGUUUAGAUUAACACAUUGUUUUACAAAUAUAUGCAUCAUAAAUCAUUUCACCAUACGCGAGCAAUGGAGAACAAGGCCUUCAAGUUAACACAGAUUUAAAGGGAUUUUUCUGUUCCUUAGUUAUAUUGACAAACAAUAACUGAUGUGGAAAUUACUUUUUCUUUAACAAAGUUUUGAAUCAAGAUCAAGCGUUUUGAUUCGGCUACUGUUUUGAUUCAAAUGUAAAUGUACAUUUCCUGUGUUAUGUAAAAUACAAUAAACAUUCAAAUCAACAGAC